AUAUGGCGGAAUUCUAUGGUAGUAGUGCCAACUAUGAAUCUCAGGCAAAAAUGAGUUUCAGAGCGUUUGAAAUAGCACCAGUGAUCGAGCGAAUAGUGACUACUUCUGCAGAUAGACCAAAAACGGUGGAGUGCCUUGAUUGUGCAGCCCAGAAUUUAUACAUUGGUACAUCAGAUUGUUUUGUCCUGAACUAUGUGAUUGAUGAAGGUGUUUCACCAUUGGGAAAGACAACAUUUCAGUCAAGACUUCAAGCUUGUAAACAUCUUGGAAUGAAAAAGCCAAUACAACAAGUUUUGACAGCUCCGGCAAUAAACAGACUUCUAGUUCUGUGUGAUGGUAGUAUUUUGAUGUUUACUAUGUUUGGCAUGGAGUUUCUGGCCACUGGAUUUAAGGACAGAUUUAAAGGGGUGACAGCUAUUUGUAGAAAUGAUAAUCCAAAUAUGUUUGACCCAUUUGCUGUUGAGGUGUGUAUGUCACUCUCCAAAAAGAAAGCCAUCCAUAUUCUCUCUGUUACUGAAGACAGGAUAACUCUAUUGAAAGAAAUACCACUUCCAGAACCUCCACUUCACAUGGCAGUUGAUGGAGGAUCUGUUUGUGUGGCAUUGGCUAAUCAACAUCGUUACUGCUUGGUUAAUAUUCUCUCUGGCAAGGUUCAAGAGUUAUUUCAUUACGAGGCUGAAGUUACUAAAGGACUUGUCAUGGGUGUUGGAAUGGACGAGUUUUUACUUAAUGGGCCCACAGAUGUCAUGGGCAUGUUUGUUACUUCAGAAGGGACCUCUCAGAGGGCACCACUCAGCUGGUCAGAGAGAUUGCUGGCUCUGGGAUAUUCGUUUCCUUAUGCUGUAGCACUUGGAGCCAACUCCAUUUCUGUUCACAGCAUCAUAGGGCAAGACCAGAAAUCACAGAAGCAGUCACUUAUGUUCAAGGGUGGAAGACUCCUUCUGAAUUACGAUAAUCAAGUGUUUGUUUGUUCUUCAAGAGAAGUCUACUGCUUGGUGCAGCUUUCGUUCAGAAAACAGGUGCAGAUGUUGUUAAACGAGAAAAGAGUAAGUGAGGCUCUUCAGCUCGCUCAUGUCGCCAUGGAAACAGCAACAGGGCCGCAAAGAGAUGAAAAGAUCCUUCAAAGAACGCAACAGCAAGCUGGAUUUAUAUACAUGGCAGAAGGGUACUUUACAGAAGCAGGAAGCCUCAUGAAAGAAGGAGGACUGGAUCCGAGAGAGCUGAUAAUCUUAUUUCCAGACCUCCUCUCUUCUAACUGGAAAUAUCUACCAUCCAGAGAAAUAACAGAGCUGAGUGCUCUUGUGAAAGGUAGUAAGCAGUUUUUGGCGGAGGCCAAGCUAUUCUUGAUGCAGUUCCUUGAAGAAACCAGAGAAUCUGCUGAAGAUUCGGGCUACAAAGAGGAGGUCGACACGGCUCUGGUGAAGUUGUACACACAAAUAAAUUCUCCAGACUUACUAAGGUUGGUGUCUAAUAGAAACGCCUGCACUGUGGCAGAUACCAUCAGUUGCCUUCAAAAACACGAGAGGUACCACGCUUUGGCACUGUUCUAUGACUAUCACAAACAACCUGUGGAAGCGAUAGCUGUUUGGAAAAGACUUAUACAGGAGGAGAUUAGAGAUAGAAACUUCCCGGGGAUAGACUACGUCGCAAAGUAUCUUUCUAGGUUGCAGGAUUCUGAGCUUCUCUGGAACAACGUUCCUUGGCUGCUGGCGAAGAAUCAAGAAAUAGCCGUUAAGGUUUUCACAGACAGACCAACAGAUUAUCAACCCAACGACGAAAAAAUGAAACCAGACUUGAUUGUAGAAUACCUACAGAGAUUUCCUGUUGCUUUACAAUACUAUCUUGAGUAUCUUGUGUACGACAGGAAAUUCGAGAAAGAGAAGUAUCACACUCAUCUAGCCCUUCUUUAUUUGGAGGAAGUGUUGAAAAUGAGAAGAGAUCCAUCUUGCUCUCUGGACAAUCUUGAUAAACAAAGAGUGAAACUGCGGGCAAUGUUGGAGUGGUCUUCGCUGUAUCGAGUGGCUCUGUUACUAUCCAAGAUCAACGAUGAUUCUGACUUAGAUGCUGAAGCCGCCAUUCUUUAUGGAAAGAUGGAGCAGUACAAUAAAGCACUGAAGAUUUUAGUUUACAAACUUGAGGAUUUCUCUGAGGCUGAAAGGUUCUGUGAGCUACAUUCAAAGGGCAAAGACAGAAACUUUCGCAUGAAGCUUUUCCAAACUUUGUUAGAAGUCUACCUAUCUUCUGAUGAGGACCACGAACCAUUAAUAGCACCAGCGGUUGCACUUCUAAACUCACAUAUGUGUGACUUUGACACAGCUGAGGCAAUGAAGCUGAUUCCUGACGAAUGGUCGAUCGGUGUAAUUUCUCAGUUCCUGUGUGGUUCAGUUCGAUCAAGUCUCCACAAAAGUCGCACCAGUAAGAUUUUUAGCAGCCUAGCUCGCGGAGAAAACCUCAAGAUGCGAAGUUCGCACAUGAUCUCCCAUAAAGCUAAAUUUUCAGUGACGGAGGAAAAACUAUGUCAAGCAUGUCGGCGGCCGUUUAAUGACCCAGCUGUAGCGCGUUACCCGAAUGGCGUGACUACGCAUAUACACUGCGCAAGAAAUAAAACUGUUUGCCCCGUGACGGGGCAUGUGUUCUCAUCCAAAGAACAGCAUCGGGACGAGGUCAAUAAAGACGACAGAGUUUGAGGG